AUGGUGGUGGUUUUGUUGUCGUCAUUGUUGCAAUCUUCAUGCUGCUAUGAGGGCUCCUGGCUUAGGCCCUUUGCUCAAUCUCUGCUGAGGUUCCUAGGCUUUGCCUUCUGGGGUACUGCUGCAGCUCUGGCAUUUGGUGGAGUUUCAAUGAUCCUGAUGUACAAGAACUACAGAUGUUUAUUUCAGGAGUCUUUCUUGGCUCUCCCUGGCUGGCUGGCUGUUGCAGCUGCACUUAUCUUACUACCUACUGGACUUCUGGCUAGCUCUAUUUCUAUUAAGAGCUCCCGCUGUCAGCAAGGAUUCCUCAUGUACUUGCUGCUAGUCCUUCUUUGCCUAGAAGCGUCUUUGUUAGUUCUGGUACGGUUCUACUCUGCUUGGAUGGCUUCUGAGCUGAAAAGUACUAUGGGUUACCUUGCCUAUCAGUACAAUGGGACACAUUCCCAGGGUCCUGACAGCAGGGCUAUGGAUUCGGUACAGAGGAAGCUGCAGUGUUGUGGGGUCCAAAACUACACAGACUGGCUAAAGGCAACAGCUGCUUCUUGGCAUCCUCUAGAUGAUAAAGCCUGUGUCCCUGAAAGCUGCUGUAAGGAGUAUUCUCACUGCAAGGGUGACUUUGUCCGUCCGGAGCAGAUUUUUCAGGAAGGCUGUCUAAAGAAGCUGGAAGACUGGUUGCAUUUUGUCACGCUCUACAUGUUUUGGUGCUGUACUGUGCUAAGCCUCUUACAGUUAUUGGCCGGUGUCAGCAAUGGCAUCCUCAUGAGUCAUCAACCUUUCCGUAACCUUCGAAUUUUGGACUCCUCUACCUUCUCAUAG